AUGGACAUGUACCAUAUGGGAAUGGACAUGGACCACUCACAUCACGAGCACGGCGAUAUGGACAUGGGAGGUAACCAAUGUAGCAUGAAUAUGCUGUUUACCUGGUCCACGAAAAACCUCUGCAUUGUCUUCUCGACAUGGCGUGUAACAGGUCCUCUUUCUCUCCUCGGAUCCCUGGUUGUCAUAGUGCUGCUGGCGGCCGGGUACGAGGGCAUCAGACAAGUUACACGGAAGUAUGAAGUAGCACAUGCGCGAAGACUAAGUGCAUUUUCCACUGCUGUAGUUGGAAGCAAUGAGUUCGCCGACGAAGAUGUCACGGGUUCUGGACCUGGACAUGAAUCCCAAAGCCAAGCAUAUGUCCCCAACGCAAGCUCACCGCUUCUUGUAGGCAGUGAUAACAGGAGAGCUAUGGAACGGAGAGGAAAGAUCACCAUGGCUGCGCUCUAUGGGGUGCAGGUCUUCUAUAGCUUUUUCAUCAUGCUUCUAUUCAUGACUUAUAAUGGUUUCGUGAUGCUUGCCGUCGCAAUUGGCGCAUUUGUCGGCUAUCUGGCGUUCGGGGAGAACAUGUCCGCGACAAAGUCGGUCGCUUGUCAUUGA